CGUACGUGUCCUGCUCAUGCUUCUUCCUGUGCAAGUGGACAUCUGCGGAGGGAGACAGACACCGCCAUCAACGCUCUCUCUCAGAGCUACUCAGUGGAAGGAAGCUCAGCUGCACACAAGGAGCAGUCGGAUUCUCUUCCAUACACUGCAGGCUUGUUCUUUCCCAGCUAAAUCUUCGCUUCCCCCCGGGAACCAAGAUGAGCACCGACGCCCGACCCUCGGCGGCGCGGUCCAAGUUUCAGGAGGCGAAGGAGCUCAAGGAGGAGGACAAGCUGUACAGAUACGACGGGGUGCUGUACCCGCGCCUCAUGUGCCCCGAGGGACACAUGAAGGCCCUGAAGGACUUCGAGGCCAGAGAGGACGACGUCAUGCUGGUGGCGUAUCCCAAGUGUGGUUUUAACUGGAUGGUGGGCGUGUUGAGGAAGAUCAUUGCAGAGGCCAAAGGGGUGAAAGUGGAUUCAAAGAUGCCGCCGUUGAUCGAGUUUUUCGAGCCGGAUGUCAUGAAGGCCAUGAAUGAGGCUCCGCCCCCCAGGCUUCUGGGGACUCACGUUCACCUCGACAACAUGCCCGCCUCCUUCCGUGCAAAGAAAACCAAGAUGCUGGUGAUCUUCAGGAACCCCAAAGACACCGCGGUGUCCUUCUAUCAUUUCUCCAACAACAACCCGGUCCUCCCAUCCGGGCAGUCCUGGGACGCCUUCUUCUCCGACUUCAUGAGGGGAGACGUUCCCUGGGGCUCGUACUUUGAUCACGCUCUGGCCUGGGAGAAGAGGAUGGACGACCCUGACGUCAUGGUUGUCACCUACGAGGACCUAAAGGAGGACUUGAGCGGCGGCGUUCGUCAGAUCUCCACCUUCUUUGGCUUCAGCCUGACGGAGGCUCAGGUGCAGCAGAUCGCAGAGGCGAGCACCUUCAGCGCCAUGAAGCAGAGCUCCUCCAACUCCCACGGCAACAUGGGAAACGUCUUCUUCAGAAAAGGUGAGGUCGGGGACUGGAAGAACCACUUCACACCAAAGCAGAGCCAAGAGAUGGACGACGCCUUCAACAAACACCUGGCCGGAACCAGGCUAGGAGCCAAACUCAACUACCAAGUGCAUUGUAAAUAGGAAGGAGAAAAGAGGGAGGCGAAGUAUGGAGAGGAUCUUGCGGUUGUGAAACUGUGCCUUUGAAACAUUGUGUUGUAAUGGUGCAUAAUGUGUUAUUGUAUGUGAUCAAAAUUAUUAAAUGAAAAUAAAACUCCUUUCCAGAAUACGUAUUUGUACUCCACUGCAUGACU